CCACCACCUCCAUCUCGCCAUGCAUCACCUCUCGCACAACUCUACCCGCGCUCUGCGCCGUGCUGCUGCCAGGGCUGCUCGUCCGUCGCUCACCCGCGGCGCGCACAAGGAGAUCAAGUUCUCCAACGACGGCCGUGCGAGCAUCCUGAAGGGUGUUGACGUCCUCGCCGACGCCGUUAGCGUGACGCUUGGCCCGAAGGGUCGCAAUGUGAUCAUUGAGCAGUCCUUCGGUGGUCCGAAGAUCACUAAGGAUGGUGUUACUGUUGCGAAGUCCAUCUCUCUUAAAGACAAGUUCGAGAACCUCGGUGCCCGUCUUGUCCAGGAUGUCGCGCAAAAGACUAACGAGAUUGCUGGUGAUGGCACUACCACGGCCACUGUCCUCGCUCGUGCAAUUUAUUCGGAGGGUGUAAAGAACGUUGCUGCUGGCUGCAACCCAAUGGACCUCCGCCGUGGCUCGCAGGCUGCUGUAGACCGUGUUGUCGAAUUCCUCUCGUCGCAAGCCAAGACAAUUACCACCACCGCUGAGAUUGCUCAGGUCGCCACUAUCUCUGCUAAUGGUGAUACCCACAUCGGCAACCUCAUUGCCCAAGCCAUGGAGAAGGUUGGCAAGGAGGGUGUCAUCACUGUUAAGGAGGGCCGCACCAUUGAGGACGAAAUUGAGAUCACUGAGGGCAUGCGCUUCGACCGUGGUUUCACCUCUCCGUACUUCGUCACCGAUGUUAAGACCCAGAAGGUCGAGUUCGAGAAGCCUCUCAUCCUCUUGAGCGAGAAGAAGAUCUCUGCACUCCAAGAUAUUCUUCCCUCCCUCGAGAUUGCCGCCCAGCAGCGCCGCCCGCUGCUUGUCAUUGCUGAGGACGUCGAUGGCGAGGCCCUUGCUGCAUGUAUUUUGAACAAGCUCCGUGGUCAACUCCAGGUUUGCGUUGUCAAGGCUCCCGGAUUUGGCGAUAACCGCAAGUCUAUCCUCGGCGAUCUCGCGAUCCUCACUGGUGGUACCGUCUUCACCGAUGAACUCGACAUCAAGCUCGAACGCGUCACCGCUGAUAUGCUCGGCUCGACUGGUUCUAUCACUAUUACUAAGGACGACACUAUCGUCCUCAACGGCGAGGGCAGCAAGGACGCGAUCCAGGCUCGCUGCGAGCAGAUCCGCGCGCUCGUUGCCGAUCCCACGACUAGCGAGUUCGACAAGACCAAGCUCCAGGAGCGUCUCGCGAAGCUUUCCGGCGGUGUCGCUGUCAUCAAGGUCGGCGGCAGCAGCGAGGUCGAAGUCAGCGAGAAGAAGGACCGCUACGACGAUGCGCUGAACGCAACUCGUGCUGCUGUCGAGGAAGGUAUCCUCCCCGGUGGUGGUGUCGCUCUCCUCAAGGCAUCCCUUAUGCUCUCUUCCAGCGCGCCCAGCGGCUCGAGCCUGCCCACCUCCCCUGACGCGAAGCCCCUCCCAACCGCGAACUUCGACCAGGACCUUGGUGUGCAGAUCAUCCGCCGCGCGCUCACCUACCCCGCCCGUACGAUCUACAAGAACGCGGGCGAAGAGGCGUCCGUCAUCGUUGGUACCCUUCAGCAGCAGUACGCUACUGCCGACAAGUUCGCGUGGGGCUAUGACGCGAGCAAGGGUCAGUACGUCGACAUGAUCCAGGCCGGUAUUGUCGACCCGCUCAAGGUUGUCCGCACCGCGCUCGUUGACGCCGCUGGUGUUGCUUCGUUGCUCACCACUUCCGAGGCGUGCGUCGUGGAGGCCCCUGAGGAGCCUGGUAAGGCCCCAAUGGGCGGCAUGGGCGGCGGCAUGGGUGGAAUGGGCGGCAUGGGCGGCUUCUGAGCACGGCGGCGAGCUGAGCACCGCUAGGGCUUUGGAUAGAUUCUGGGACUCAAAAAGUAUUCUAGCUUACUCUGCUGCAUCUCACCUCUGUCGUUCCAUACCUCGCACAUCCUCACUUUGUCGUCGCAAUGCUGUCCCUGUAUUUUAUGUUCACACUAGUCGCCUAUCUCCCCUGCAAUGGAACCCACCACUC